GUUACGCUUUGUGCUUUCCGUUGUCUUUGCUUUUUGCGCGAAACCAGAGUGUUUUCCGAAGACAGUAAUUGAGAUCACUGUUUAUGGCACUGCCUUCGCCACUUUGUAAUAAUGGAGCAAAUGGAAUCACCAGGUUUCGCAGAGGAAUAUUCUUCCUCUGCGAUUGCGAGUGAUGGCGGAGACCUCAGCAGUGACUUGAGCCUCCCUGCCAGUUUAUUUUCUUCAUCCCGAAUCGACACUCCGCGUACGCGCACCAAAGAGAUUUCAGGCUUACCGCUUAGCGCGGAAGAAUCCAGCAGUGAUAAUUUUUUGCCACAAGAAGUCAGCGAUCGUAUGGCACUGGCGAUACAAGCCGUCGAAUCAGGCAACCUCUCGCAGUACGCAGCUGCCAAACGAUACCACGUUCCAUACACCACGCUGUGGGAAAAGCUGAAAGGGAUCCAACGAGGGACGCUAGGAGCUCAUAAAAGGAAGUUCACGGACGCGGAAGAAAAUUACAUAGAAAGUCUGCUGUUGAAAUGUGCCGAAAAUGGUUUGCCAUUGGACCGUCGAAUUUUGCAGCGGAUUGUUCCAUUGCUGGCCAAAUCUAAAGACGUGCCAGAGCAUCGUAAACUCUUCACCAAAUUCUGGUACCGAAAAUUCCUUGAAAGGCAUCCCAGGCUGGCCCAGCGAAUUAAGCCUGAUCUGUCCAAAAAGAAGAAAACGAAAGAAUGGACCGUGGCGAAUCGGGAGGGGUGGAUACAACGGCUGACGGCAUUGCAUCAUGAUGGACUGCUGGAUGAUCCAGCCGGCAUCUGGAAUUUCGACGAGUCGGCGUUUGAGGUUGCAGAUGGAGCGAUAUCCGUGUAUGCCAGUGAGGGUGUUCAGCCUCUACAGGUUCUUUCUUACUGCGAUGGCUGUGACCGUGAUUUGAUAACCGUGCUUUCGGGAGGGAAUGCUGCCGGAGAAAUUGUGCGGCCUUUGAUCCUUUUCGAUGGAAAAUCUGUCCAUGCGUCUAAUUCCCCCGGGACCAACAACAAGCAUAAUAACGUUUGUGAACCGUUGAACGUGAUGGAUGAUGCCACCUUCUCCACUUAUGUCAGAGAGAAAAUCAUCCCCCGAAUGACAUCGGCGAAGAAUGUUGUUUUCCUCGACGGACAUAGCUCCCAUAUGUUCAGUCUGGAGUUCCUGGCGGAGUGUGUGAAGUCGGGAAAACACAUCAGCAUCGUUACACUUCCUUCGGGCCAGGCAGGGAAGCUGCGACCAAGGGAUCUCAAAAUGUGCGGCCCUGUUAAAAAUUACUGGAAGGACUACUUACGGCAGCUGUCGCCGACUUCUAUGGAAGAGGUCAACAGACAGAAUUUCGCCAGUCAUAUUGUAAAGAAAUGGAAUGACUUGAAUAUGGCGAAGAAUGUUGUUUCGGGAUUUGUUUCUUGUGGAAUUUAUCCGUUUGAUCUGGAUGUAGCCGGUCGAGCCUAUCCGGAGCCAACUCCUAGUCAAUUUCUCUCGGACGUGACCAUCGAUGUGGCCAAAGUGUAUGCCGCUGAACUAGAAGGAGCGCGUCGUCAUUUGCAGAAAAUUCCUUUUUUGACUGAAGCCGCAGUCGACAGAAUCAUAGCGUUUGCCAUUGCCCAAGCAGAAGACUGAUGUGAUGUCGCACCGGAAAAUAGCUGUUGCGCACUUCAUCAGUGAAUGUGAACAGCUUGUCAUCGAUACACCUGCUCCAAAUCUAGAAAUAUCACUGUUGUUCGCAGGCGAAACCGAAGGUUCUUCGUUAUCAGUUAGUGCUACUGCAAACUUGACUGCAAAUCAGUGUGUACAUUUUUUCUUGGAUUUUGUUGAUUGGUGCUUUGUUCUCACGUCAGUAUAAAUGAAUAUAUGGGCGAUAUACUUUGUUGUUAUUGGACUGUUUUUAAAAUAAACUUUUUUUGACAUGCCGUGA